AGUUUCAGCUCGGCCGCGGUUUGGUGAGUGUGGUCCGCGGCGCCGGUCUGGAACCAGAGAGAGCAGUGCGGAGAGCGAGAACGAGAGCGAGGGAGAGAGGGGUGAGUCAGACGGGCCGAGAGCGGCGUCUCACACCGACGCGUAGCAGUGUUCGGCGUAACUGAUUCAGAGAUGAGGUGGCUGAAUAGCGAAUGGUGACGUCAGAGGCCUGGGACCGCGACUGCCGAGGCGCAGCCGCACGCCGCUCAGGAAACUCGCCGCGGCUAUCGAAACUGACCGGAAGGGACCGCUUCCGGUUUCGCUGAACGACGACGGCACGGGAGGGAUAGACGGCUCGACGCCGGCGAAUUUCAGUGAUCUUGUUUCGUGGUGACUCGGACAGUGGGGGUGGCAAAGUUGCCGCCACUGCAACUGAGCGCACUGCUGGGCCAAACCCAUCUGACGUUAUAACAUCUCGUGAAGAAUCAGUGACGUUGCCGUCGGGCGCCGAAAGUGAUACACUGACGGUGAUUGGCCAGGGCGGUGCCUCAGUGUAACGUCAUCCGUGCUGAGUGACGUCAGUGUUGUGAGGUGAGGCCGGGCCGCCGCGCCGGUAGGGGUGCCAGUGAGCGGGUGGAGAUUCAGAGGAGUCAGACCGUCGGCUGGGCCGUUCCGUCGGCGUCGGCAAGUGGCCGUCUUACUACCGACACAUUACUGUCCUACAGCCGACAAGAGGCUGUCUUACGGUCGACACACCACUGUCGAAUACGGGCAGCCGACAGCCGACAGAGGGUUGAUUGUCCAACAGUCGGCAUUUUACGACCGUUUGGCAUCAGAGGCUGUGGGCGUGACCUUGUCGACCGUGGUGAGGCCGUUUCGCAGUGCCAGCGCUGUAUGCCAAGUGGUACCGUAGUCUAGAGAGACUUGCCAAGCGUCACGCAGAGAUGGCACCGGCCAACCACCUGCUGUUUCUCUUCACAAUCGCAGGCAUUUUCAGGCAUGCAAUGUCGUGCAACAAGGAGAACAAAGAAGUGGCGCAUUGCCUUCACACCUACCUCGAACGAGAUUUUCUUUCUAUCGAGGCUAUCGUGUACCCCGAGAGGGAAGGUCUCUCCAACAUCAACCGUGCUCGGCAGCGGGGUCGGUCGCGGGGCCGGCGGCCCGGCGGCGGGGCCAACCGAUUCGGCGACAGACCCAUCCUGGACGGACCGGAAAUGGCCGAAAACUGCAGACGGAUUGAGAUGAUGGUGACCUGCUUCGAGAACGUGCUGCUGACCUGUGAGAGCUUAGGCGACUUCUUCCGCUACCGAGACCUGUUGCGGGCGGUGGCGCUGGUUCAGGAGUGGCUCUGUGAGGACGUCAUCCACAGGUUCUCAGUGCUGAUAUCGUCCGUCAGCUGCUACAAGCAGGCGCUGCUCGAGGCUGAGGAGUGCGCCGACUCCUCUCUGCCCGACAACCUGUGGCCGCAGGUGUUACGAAUGGAGAAACAGCGGGAGGAAGUCUGCUCGCCGCUCCACCGUCAGUGUCAGUGUCUGGAGCGUAGUGGGCGCCUCUCGCGCUGCGAGUCCGACGCCGCCGACCUCUACCACAACGUCACCGGCAUGUUCCUGAACUCGUGGUGCGGCGCGGCCGGCGGCGUCAGCUCCUCCGUCAGCCUUCUGCUGGCCGCGCUGCUGGUCACCUCCAGCUGGCGACUGCUGGCCGGCUGAGGGGUGGAACGGCUGCCGGCGGGGCGGCUGACGGCUGACGAAACAGCUGCUGGAAGCCUUCGACGGAAAGAUCCUGAUGGCGGUUGAAAGCGGCAGGCGGGACACCAGCUGGGGCUGGCGGCUGCUGACGGCUGAUGGAAGCCCAAGACGGGACACUGCUACCCACUGCUGGUGAAGAGUCUGUUGUUUAGUGCUGGCCAGUUGGUGGAACUGAUAGCCAGCGCCGCAGGCUCCCAUCGACCUUUGGUGAAGGCCAGUGAUUUCUACUUGCCGGUAUGACCGUAUGCCGGUACCGCAGACUGUUUCAGACUGUUUGGCCAGGGCCAGGGUCCAAGAGUGCUCUAUGGGGUGAGCCAGGUCAGUCCAGUAGGUGUUCUGACCCGCCUGUGCUGCCAUCUAGUGAGGUGACUGAAAAGUGCCAGCCGCAGUCUGAAGUGGAGGUGGCAGACUGACUGGCCAAGCGACUCCUAACUGACCUCAGCUGACCUCUCUGUGACCUGGGUCGAUAUCGGAGAGACCCUGUGGCGCAGGGUGCGGGUCCUUUGUGGCUGUGAUCUUGUUAGCACAUGGUAACUGUGCAUAAUGCGGUGUGGAUGCGCGCUGGAUGUGAUGUC